CUUGAUACGGAGGCUUUGAUCCAGCAGACGGAGUCGCCGCGCGCUCAGAACUUCAGUCGUAAUGGGAAGGCGAUCUCUGUUAGUGGCUCUCCUGGCUGUAGCUGUUGGAGUUUACCUGCUGCCGUCUCCCAUCGACCCCAAACCACACGUACUGAAGGGGCCACCUCCGGCUCUGGAGGGGCCGCUGGCUGUCAACACCCGUCUGCAGAAGGGUCGCAGGCUGUUCACUGGGAAACUACGUGGACCAGAAUCCUUCACUGCCGAUGAGCAUGGUAAUGUGUACACGGGCACAGUGGACGGGAAGCUGUGGAGAAUCGGUCCUGACGACAGCCUGACCUUCAUCACUCACAUGGGACAAAAUCUACCAGAAUGCGGUAGCAGUACAGACUAUGAACCUGUGUGCGGUCGCCCUCAUGGCAUCCGUUUGGAUCGUCACGGUCAGCUGAUCGUUGCUGACUCUUACUUUGGGCUGCACAGCGUGGAUCCCAAAACCGGAGAAAAGACUUUACUCCUGGCUAAUUCAGAGGGAGCUGAUGGCGUUCCCUUUGCCUUUUUAAACGGGCUUGAGAUUUCCUCCCAAACUGGAAUCAUCUAUUUCACGGACUCCUCCAGUCGCUGGGGACGCAGGCACGUCAAACUGGAGGUGAUCGAGCUGAACAGCCUUGGCCGUCUUCUCUCCUACAAUCCCCAGUCAGGAAGUGUAACUGUGCUUCUGGACUCUCUCUACAUGCCGAACGGCAUCGUCCUGUCACCUGACGAAGACUUCCUGCUACUGGCGGAAACCAGCAUUGGACGUAUACUGAGGUAUUGGUUAAAAGGCCCGAAAUCUGGUACCAAGGAGGUCAUCAUGGACAACAUGAUUGGUUAUCCUGACAACAUCCGCCUCAGUGACCAUGGUACAUUCCUGGUUGGCAUAACAACGCCUCGCUUUCGGAAGUUCAUGCCACCUUUUCUGGAUAUGAUUGCUCCGUACCCAGUGGUCAAACGCUUUCUUGCCAAGGUGGUUCCCCUGAACUGGUAUAACAUUCUGCUGCCACGCUACGCUCUGGUCCUGGAGCUGGGAUUGGAUGGCGAACUCAUAGGAACGCUUCAUGACCCAGAGGGCCGCCUCACGUGGGCCAUCAGCGACGUCUUCCAGCACCGAGGGAGAACCUACCUGGGCAGCACCGACCUGCCGUUCCUUCCCAUCUUGGAAGGCUGGGAUAGCUGAUGAUGACAUAUAAUGACUCUUUUCCUUUUAUGUGGAUGCAGGGUUCUUCACAUUCACAUUAGGACAACCACUAGUGUUUCCAGAGCAGUAAACUAAGAAAAUAUGAUAACCUGAAGACAUUUUAAGACGAAUUUUUUCCUCUAAAGACACGUAGUGUCCAAAAAACAGAGGGCUACGGAUGAAUGAAUCCCUGAAAUACUGCUCAGUUUAAAGAAAGAACGAUAAUAAUUACACUCCCUGUUAAAAGUGAGUUUAUCCUUCCCACUGUUGCCAAGUAUUUGCUCAUAGGGGCCAUCUGAUUGUGUUUUUCUUGCAAAUAUUUUAGGGUGUUUACCUUACAAUAUAAAGUACCUUGAGGCAACUGUUGUUCUUAUUUGGUGUUAUAUAAAAAUAAUGUAACUAAAUAAUUAAAAUUAUGUUUGACUUAUGUUCAUAUCUGACCAUUGUAGGUUAGAAACGAUGUAGUUGGGGAAUGGGAUUACUGAGCAGAUUAAAGUAAGCUUUAAUCUUUUUACUCAACAAUCAAAAGCAGAGAAAGUGUCUUUUUCUAGACGUGAAAUCAGAUUAGAAACCUGCGAUGAACAGGGGAUAAAUAUAUCCUCACGUAAAUAGCUUACGAGUUGUUUUUACACUGCAGGAGAAAAACUGGAACACAACUAUAGAGACACCUGGUGGCUUUCCAACCAUCACUGACUUUAAUAUCAUCACUCGUUAACCCUAGAACACUAAUUUCAGGUGAUUUUCACCCAUCCAGUUAUUAAAUAGGUGGCAAUUUCCAAGAGAAUUCAUUUGGUAAACAAAAACUUUUAUCGUCAGCUGAUCAAAAAAUGAAAUUAUUUUGUUUCUUUUCACUGUCCCGGGCUUACAUGUCCCAGGAAUGUAUGGACCAAAGAACAAGUUCCCAGUUCUAUUUUUAUUAUUUUUAGUAACCAUUCCCUAAUUUUUCACUAAUUUAAGGGUACAGGGUCCCCGCAUACCUUUUUUUUUUCUUUUUAUGAGACUUAUAGGGGGUAGUAAAAGAAGAGUACUUCAAUUUGCCAUAUAUUGUUGUACUUUAAUAUAUGUUGAUGGGAAGUAUUUUUUGUCGGGUAUAUUGGGUGAUAGUGUUACUGUCCAUUAGGUUUGGUUCACCAUUACUGCUGAGACACGGUCCUGAAUUGUCAAAUUUCGCUAACUUUUCUUUCUACAGAAUUUGAAAUGAACCUAAUAAAUGUGAAUUUUGGACUGUCUUAAAAAACUUGGAUGUUUACUGUUAAUAUCAUGUU